AUGGAUAUCCUCUGUGGAUCCCAGAACCCGAUGGACGUUUACCGAAGGCGUAUCGAUGCAAAGGCGUCGGGAUUGGCGAUGUUGGUAUUCUGCGGAACGACUGGAGGCUUUGAUUAUUUGUUCAAUGUCUGCAAACCAGCGGAUGACCCCAUCAAUCAAGGUCGCGUUCCCGACGGAUUUGAACCCAUUAUCUGUGGCGAUAUACGGGAGAUCGAGACGAUGCAUAAACGGGGCUGUGAUAUCUGUAGCGCCAGCGUGUCCAAGAUAGAGAUAAGUAUGGGUGGCGCGGCAGAAUACCCAUUCCUUCUUGGUGGCGGUGGAGGAUUCGAGUUCAAAUGUUCACGAGAAAAAGGCGCCAUUCUCGUACUUCCCGACGGUGGAGCAAGCUACGGUGCCCUCGAUAUAUCCCAGUGCCGUAGCUAUGCUGCUCAACAUGCCCAUGCAUGGUACCAGUUUGCGAACAUCACUUGCGGUAGAGAAGCUCUCAAUGGAUCACUGUAUCUCGUUACGGGCUCUGGCACAUGUUCGUUCUCGCUCAAAUUCCUUGUCGGCGGGGUAGCGGAGGGAAACAUCAAACUGGGAUAUUCGUGGAAGAGUACUUCGUCAGCGGACGUCAGGGCAUAUCCCGAUGGUGAAUUCGCGUAUCUCGUCGACUCACUUCGCCCCAAUCAAUGCGUUUUUCUGCGCGGAUUUGGCAUCUCAAUCCGUACAAGCGCAUUUGCCCGGUGGGUGUUCGGACCUACAGAGGUAUCGCAAAUCUCCGAGUCAUCCAAAGAUCAAAUGCCAUAUUUCGAUAAUGGCAUGCCGUACUCCGGUUCGCGUAGAAAAAGAACAAGAAGCGGUUCUUUGUCUAUGUACUCCGGAAUCCCAUUCCACAGUUCUCGCAAGCGCUUCAAGAAGGAGGAUCUGCUCAGCGAACCUGUGCCGGUGUCACCUCCGCCUAUGACACGUGUCCUUCCGCCAAAUCAUUAUGCUAGCAGUCCCCCGAUUUUUCCUGGAUGGGGUGCAGAUUAUCAUGACGAACCCUCGCUCAAAACCGAACUUCUCAACCCGUGCGCAAAGAUCAACGAGUUUAUCCUAGAGACGCAUCUGCAUGUUAAUGUGGCAAUUACGCAUUCCGGUGAAUGGUUGUCGGCCUUGAGCCAGGGUGAUGACUCCGAUGUCAUCGUGCGGGUUUUAUCUGAUUAUAAGGUUAUCAUCCACGAUGGAGUAGCUAUGCUUGAAGCGCAGUAGAUAGGCUGACAAGUGAUAUGCCCGACGUAGACCAUCAACACUAGUAUCUUUCUCUUAUUCCGAUAUCUAUUUGUUAUUAUUGAUUUUGUUCAUUCGUUAACUGCUCCCACGGAGUGUCAUCAGAUGGCUGGAGUAUUCAUGCAUGCUGAUGGAAAGAUCGCUGCUGUCAAACGGUCUAGGAUAGAUUGCCGAUCGAGCGCCGAUACUUGUAUGGAUGGUGAAGCGCACACGCCGAAGGAAUGACAGUUGCUUCAGUUCUGUCAGAUACGAACAUGUCGGUGCCUGCAGUACGUGCUUAAGCAAGCCCUCGACCAUCUCUCUUCACGCGAGUGAUAUCUGACCCUUAUUAUAGCUUAUAAGUCGCUAACAUCAGAUCUUGGGAAGCCCUGGAAAAGUAUCUCAGCAUCACUCAAUUAAGUACGCGGUACUUUCCAGAAGUAACCUACUGCAGUGUCUCCUUCGCUGGUUGAAUGUCCGAUGAUCACGUUGGGUAUGUAACU